AUGACAACCACACGCAAAUGCGCCGCCGUGGUCGUGGGUGCCGGCCCAGCCGGCGUCGCAGUCGUGGGCAACCUCCUCGAGCGACAACUGGGCUCAAUAGCCUGGAUCGACCCCAGUUUCGAGUCAGGCCGAGUAAACCGCAAAUAUCGCGAGGUCCCCAGCAACACCAAAGUCUCCUUUUUCCAGUCCUACGCCACCUCCCUCCAACCCUUCCGAACCAUCAUCGAAAACACCCCGCGCCCAAAUGCCUUCACCACCAUGGCUAAACUGGACCAGGAGAAGACCUGCCACCUGCACUACGCCGCCGACAUGAUCCGCGGUCUGACAAACGGUCUCGUCAAAAUGGAGCAGGUCUACGCUUAUCAGGGCUUUGUUACAGCUGCUACUUUGUCCUCAAGGCCCGACCAAGCAAAAUGGACCGUCAGAAUCAAGUCUGCCAACGAGGCCGACGAGCUUGAAAUCGAAACAUCCCGCCUAAUCCUCUGCACAGGCUCGCACCCAACAAACCUGCCCGUGCCAAUCCCAGGCCUGGAAAUCCACUCCUUGGACCUCGACACCGUUCUCAAACCCUCAUUGCUCGCCGAGACUCUCCCAACAACAAAGCCCACCACCGUUGCUGUUGUCGGCGCCUCUCAUAGCGCUAUCCUGGCCCUCCUUAACCUCGUCACUCUAGCUCAAUCUUCCCACCCGCGCCUCCGUGUCAAAUGGUUCACCCGCCAUCCGCUUCGGUAUGCGGAGUUCAUGGAUGGGUGGAUUCUGCGCGAUAACACGGGGUUGAAGGGGUUGGCGGCGGACUUUGCGCGCAGCCAGUUGGAAGAGAACGUGCUUGCUACUUCUGCUGCGGGCAAGAUCGUGACCAAGGUCGAUUGUGCCGGUGGUGAGGCGAAAGAGAAGGAGAUGUAUCGUGCCAACCUGCCGGGUUGUGAUUAUAUCACGCAGGCCGUGGGAUUCACGAGAGAUCCAUUGCCCCAGCUGGUUAAGGAUGUGGGGGAUGAGGCGAAGCCGUUGAGUAUGGAGUUCGAUCAUGAGACGGGUGCUUUUCACGAGACUGCUGCCGUUGGUGAUGGGGAGAAGAUUCCGGGGCUUUUUGGCGCUGGUAUUGCGUUUCCUCAGCGGGUUGUUGAUCCGUAUGGGAAUGUCGAGUAUGCGGUGGGGUUCUUUAAGUUUAUGAAGUUCUUGAAGAAGGUUGUUCCUUCUUGGUAG